AUGUGGAUUGGAGGCAGGAAAGGACGGAUAGGUCUGCAGGGAGGCAGUCCCGGAAAUGUUCGCGCACACUCUGGAGAUCUGCCCAUCGCCCCCGAGUCCCUUGGAGCAGGGCCUGGGCGGAAGAAUCUCUACGCAAUGCUGCUGAAGGGAGCCGGCGAAGGUGUCGCAGGCGCCCAUUUGGAAGUGAAGCCGGGGGCCUGGAAGAGCGCCUCCAACUUCGUCGGCGCACAGAGCGCAGGAGUCCAGCCUCCACGUGCACCGCCUCCGGAUUUCCCGCCCUGGGUGCACAUCGACUCGCAUCUUUGCUACAAGGCUUCGUCCGGCAAGACCUUGGAGGUCAUCGUGAAAGAUAUCUCGGUGGAGAAGGGCAGUGUGAAGAUCGUGUUUGCGGACAACGAAAAGAUUUGGAAGACCAUCCCGAUCAGCACCAUCACCAGUAAGGAGAAUCCUUUGCUUGGCCAGUGGGGUGCCGAGCGCGAGCGAAGCCGAAGCCCAGUGCGCUGA